UUAUUAUUAUUAUUAUUAUUGAUAUUUUUUACGAUAUUAAAUAUUAUUAAUUAUAAAAUUUUGAAAAUAUGGUUGAAACAAAGACAAAAAAUUGGCCCCCAUGUUAUCCAUUAAUAUAUCAUGAUAUUCAAGCUGAAAUUCUUGAAAGUAGCGCGGUAGGAAUGGCUGAAUUAUCAUAUAAAUUAUGGUUAGCUUAUAUCGUUACCUUAAUAUUUAAUCUUGUUGCUGUUAUUGCUUCAGCAGCUUCAGCCGGAGCGGGUGAACUCGUCAUACAAAUUCUAUUAGCUGCAAUAUAUUUGUUUAUAUGGCCAAUUUUUGAUUUCUUUUCCAGACAUUUAAGUCUUUAUCGCGCAUUCAAAUACGAUAAUCAAACCAAUUUUAGGCUCUUCUUUCUUUUUACAUUCCUUGAUAUCGUAUUUGGUAUAUUUAUAGGAAUAGGAUUUCUUUAUGGCGGUGGAGGUGGAUUAAAAGCAAUGAUUAAUAAUUUUCAGCAUGAUCCUCCUUUCCUUGUUGCUGGAGUAUUUAGUGCUAUCUGCGUUUUUUUGGUUUUAAGUUUGACGAUGUUUCAUUUUAUAUUAUUUCGAAAGGUUUACAAACAUUUUAAAUCUGCACACGAUGAUUGGACUAUAAUCCCAGGAACUAAAAAGUGAAUUUAAGUGAUAUUGAGUUUACCCCCUGUCUAUUUUUUUUAUCAGAAUUUUAUUAUAUAUUUUUAUCUUUAUAUAAAUCUUAAAUUUCAUAUCAAUGUAUUAUAAUAUAUAUUAUGUUAAAUAAAAAUAAAAAUAAAAA